UUUGCCCUUUGCUUGAGGGCCCCGAAAGCUGGCGAGAAGGACGUGCCUGCUCCAUUUCGCGCUCUUUUGGUAUUUUUUUAAAAGCUGUAAGGACAACAACCCAAGUCUUUACAUGCAAGCCGAAAAAUAAAGCGCUGUGGUGCCAUCUUGGAUGAAGGAAAGCAGCGAUCUGCCCUUACCAAAGAUGGCGAGCGCCCCUCAGGGGGUGUGGCGGCGGCGGCUCCGCCCGGGUUAUAUGAGGAGGAAGUGGCGGGGAGGAGGAGAAAGAGAAAGAUACGGGGUGGUUGUCUGCAGCCAGAGGUAUGGCUCUACUCCGUGAGGACGUGCAGGACAAGCUGAGGUCUGUAUCUGUAGACCUGAAUGCUGAUCCUUCUCUCCAAAUUGAUAUCCCCGAUGCACUAAGUGAAAAGGACAGAGUGAAGUUCACUGUGCACACUAAGACUACACUGCCAGCUUUUCAAAGCCCAGAGUUUUCAGUUACAAGGCAGCAUGAAGACUUUGUGUGGUUACAUGAUACACUCACUGAAACUGAAGAGUAUGCGGGACUCAUUAUACCUCCAGCACCUUCAAAGCCUGACUUUGAUGGUCCCAGAGAGAAGAUGCAGAAGCUGGGGGAAGGAGAAGUGUCCAUGACAAAAGAAGAGUUUGCCAAAAUGAAGCAAGAGCUGGAAGCUGAAUACCUUGCUGUCUUCAAGAAGACUGUCUCAUCGCAUGAAAUCUUCCUGCAGCGGAUUGCUUCUCAUCCUCUGCUUAGCAAAGAUCGCAAUUUCCAUGUUUUCCUGGAGUAUGACCAGGACCUGAGUGUUCGGAGGAAAAAUACUAAAGAGAUGUUUGGUGGCUUUUUAAAAAGUGUAGUAAAGAGUGCUGAUGAGGUCCUCUUCUCUGGAGUCAAGGAAGUAGAAGAUUUUUUUGAGCAAGAGAAGACUUUUCUUGUGAACUACUACAACAGAAUCAAGGAUGCAUAUGCAAAAGCAGAUAAGAUGACAAGAUCUCAUAAAAAUGUGGCAGAUGACUAUAUUUAUACUUCAGCUUGUUUGAACAGCCUGGCAUUAGAAGAGCCUACAGUUAUCAAAAAGUACUUGUUGAAAGUUGCAGAACUCUUUGAGAAACUUAGGAAGGUAGAGAGUAGAGUUUCAUCUGAUGAAGACUUAAAGCUCUCUGAACUGUUGAGAUACUACAUACUCAAUAUAGAAGCUGCUAAGGAUCUUCUGUACAGACGAACCAGAGCUCUUGUUGACUAUGAGAACUCAAACAAAGCUCUAGACAAAGCCAGACUAAAGAGCAAGGACGUCAGGCUGGCUGAGGCACAGCAACAGGAUUGCUGUCAGAAGUUUGAAAAGAUUUCAGAAUCCGCUAAACAAGAACUGAUGAGCUUCAAACAGAAGAGAAUAGCAGCAUUCCGCAAAAACUUAAUUGAAAUGGCAGAACUGGAAAUAAAACAUGCAAAGAACAAUGUGGCUCUCCUGCAGAGUUGUAUUGACUUGUUCAAGAGCUGAGGAGUCUUACUCUGAAAAUGUGACAAAAGCAUCAAUUGCACUCAAUAUAGCCAGAGCUGACUUACUGGCUUGACUUCAUUGGCUUAAAAUAAAUAUUGUCACUGAGAUUUUCACUAAUACUUAAACAUGUUGAUAGUGAUACACUGACUUUAUCGGUAUAAAUUGUGAACUGAAUUGUGUAUGAAUUGUUUGGAUGUAACUAACAUCCUGUUGGCUGAUAACUCAAAAUGAGUCAAAUGUAAAUGUAAGAAAUUAAUUUGCUGUUCACAGACUUCAUCUAGCAGAAAAAGUUUACUGAGAACUCCUUUUUUGCAGGAUCAUAAUCUGUCUCUUCAUGGCCCUGAUAUAUUUAAAACUUGCCAAGUGAGAGUGACUUAAGGGUAAUAAUUUUAUAAAGUGAAUAUCUUAGCAUUCCACUUUCCAGACAGAUUUCUACUACAAUAUAUUUUGAAUUUCUCUAACUGCAUUCACUAUUUGUACACUUGGACAACACAGCAAAUAAAGAUGUCUGACACAA